AUGUUUAAGUGCGUAUUAAAACAUUAUUUGAAAAAAUUUAUGGGAUUAUCCCUGCACUGUUAGCUAUAUAUAUAGUGUCGAAAUAUCAUGAAUAAAAAUGUCAGAAAGUGCUAUUUUCUGUCUAGAUUCCAUGUCCAUGGCUUCUGCAACCAGUACCAAUCUCCCACUCAAAGACCGAGUUGCUAUAGUAACUGGGUCAUCUCGUGGUAUUGGCCGAGUUAUAGCCACUCACCUGGCCGGACUCGGUGCUAAACUCGUUAUUAACUACACUUCCAGUGCAGACCAAGCCGAUCUCGUAGCUACCCAGAUCAAUUCUCUGUAUCCUGGUGACUCCCCGCGAGCUGUGACUGUCAAAGCCGAUGUUUCGGACCCUGCCCAGGUCAAGCUUCUGUUUGAUUCGGCCGAGCAGGCGUUUGGAUCACCGAUUCACAUCCUGGUUAACUCUGCUGGAGUUCUGGAUCCUAAGUAUCCUAAAAUUGCUGAUACUGCCCUGGAGGACUUUGACCGUAUUUUCAGUGUAAACACAAGAGGGGCAUUCUUGUGUGCCAAGGAAGCAGCAAACAGGCUGAAGCGUGGCGGUGGAGGUCGGAUCAUACUGCUGUCAUCAUCAAUGGCUGCUGCACUGAGGCCAGGAUUCGGGGCGUAUGCAGCGUCGAAGGCAGCUGUAGAGGCAAUGGUAAAAAUACUAGCAAAGGAACUCAAAGGAACUGGUAUCACUGCAAAUUGUGUGGCACCAGGGCCGAUUGCGACAGAGAUGUUCUUUGCUGGGAAAAGUGAAGAAGCGGUGCAGAGAUGUAUUGAUGAAUCUCCACAUAAUCGACUUGGUCAGAGCGAAGAUGUUGCACCCGUUGUCGGGUUCUUGGCCUCUGAUGCUAGUGAGUGGGUUAAUGGACAAACCAUUCGCGUUAAUGGCGGCUAUGUUUGAUAAAUAUAAAUGUCACAAAUUUUCAAAGAACAAGAGUAUGCAGUUCAAUACUGAAUAUGAUGAUUUUGUGUGGCACAUUGUGUCAUCCUUUGGGAUA